GCCGCCACGAUCAACCUGCAGACCAAUCUCCAGACCCGCACGACGCGCAAUUCCCUUCCUUGGGCGGGAAGGAUUGCUUCUUAGUGUUCGCUGUAAUAUUCAUGCGAAGAUCUCGGACAGAACUCUACUUGGUUGAUAGCAAAGUGACUCAGUUUCGAACGGGACCUGUAUAUAUAGCCGCACGCCUUGCAACCUCGAACACUUCAUACUAGACCAAGGGCCUUACUAGAGUUCACACGAGAUGGCUACAUUCGCGAAAGCUUCCUUCAAUGCGUCCCUCUACGCUGCCUGGCGUCCGACUUAUCCGAGGCAGCUAUUCGAAUACAUCUUCAAGUAUCACUCUAACAAGUUAGAAGGCCGUCCCAGUCCGCGCUGGGACACUGCCGUCGACCUCGGAUGCGGCACAGGCCAAGCAACCCUCGAACUAACCCAGUAUAAGCGCGUCGUCGGCGUAGACACCAGUGCGCCCUUGCUCGACAAAGCCCGCGCAGUGACGACCGAGUCCCUCGGCGCUGACGCUGCCAAACUAUUCGAGUACUUUCAGUCGCCAGCCGAGAGCCUGCCGUUCCUCGAGGACGGCAGCGUCGACCUCAUCGUAUCAGCGCAAGCCGCGCACUGGCUGGACUGGGGAAAGAUGUGGCCCGAGGCUGCAAGGGUUAUGCGCCCCGGAGGGAGCAUGGCGUUCUGGAUAUACUCCGAGUUCCGGCUGGCCAAGUACCCCGACGUGACGCCGCUCAUCACGGACUACGCACAGGGCACCGACCCAGUGAAUUCGGUUGGGCCCUACUGGGAGCAGCCCGGGCGCAACAGGCUCGUCAACCACCUCCUGGACAUCCCGCCCGCGACCGAGGCCAUGCCCGAUAAGUUCUACGAUUGGCAGCGGGUCUUCUUCACAGGCAACCACUACCCGCACCUCCCCUCGCCGCUCCCUGUCAUCCUGCGCAAGACAAUGACCUGGCAGAACCUGCAGGAGUACCUCCGCACGUGGUCCUCGCUGCACACAUACCACGAGAAGUUCCCGGAGGACCG